CCAUUGCCUUGCCGUCCCCCACUUCCGCCUCACCCCACUGCCGUCGGGGGGCGGGGGAGGGCGUCAGCUCUCUCGCAAGCCCGGGGCCGCCGACAUGUCGGACCUGGGGGACUGGUUCAGGAGCAUCCCCUUCAUCACGCGCUACUGGUUCGCCGGCUCCAUCGUCAUCCCGCUCAUCGGCGAACUGGGCCUCAUCCACCCCUACUACUUCGCCCUCUGGCCCGAAGCCUUCCUCCACCGCUUCCAGAUAUGGAGACCAAUCACUGCCACGUUUUAUUUCCCUGUGGGACCCAAAACGGGAUUUCUCUAUCUGGUUAAUUUGUAUUUCUUGUACCAGUAUUCUACCCGCCUAGAAACAGGAGCAUUUGAUGGGAGACCUGCAGAUUAUAUGUUCAUGCUUCUCUUUAACUGGAUCUGCAUCGUCAUUACUGGCUUAAUAAUGGAUAUGCAGCUACUGAUGAUUCCUCUUAUAAUGUCAGUGCUCUAUGUUUGGGCCCAGCUGAACAGAGAUAUGAUCGUGUCAUUUUGGUUUGGAACAAGAUUCAAGGCCUGUUAUCUGCCAUGGGUUAUUCUUGGAUUCAACUACAUCAUCGGAGGGUCGGUUAUCAAUGAGCUGGUAGGGAAUCUCGUUGGACACUUGUAUUUCUUCUUAAUGUUCAAAUAUCCAAUGGAUUUGGGAGGAAGAAAUUUUCUGUCUACACCUCAGUUUUUGUACCGUUGGCUGCCAAGUAGGAGGGGUGGGAUCUCAGGUUUUGGGGUCCCUCCUGCCAGCAUGAGACGGGCAGCGGAAGAUCAGCCCGGCGGAGGUGGGAGACACAACUGGGGCCAAGGGUUCCGGCUAGGGGAUCAAUAGAACGUUCCAUCGAACUCGGCAAAACCGAGAGGCCUCUGCAAAUCAGGAUUGUUCCCCUAAAGCUGCUGGAUUUGCCCCGAGCUGAAUGUAGUUUUUCUGGUACCGAGCCCGAUUGUUUUUCAGUCUUGUGGGAGAAAUGGCGAGUUUCCCUCUCGAUUAGAGAUCCGUACGUCUGUAUGGCUGGGAAGAAAGAAACGUUUGCCUUUUGCCUCUUUCCGUCCAAAUCUCCACUUUCGCGUCUUCUUCUUGGGCCUCUUCCCCACUCCUCCCUGGGCCCAUUGCUCAAAGGUAGCUUCUACAUUAUUUUGCUUCGUUGGAUUUUUUUUGUGUGUGUGGUAAACAUCGAAAGCACAGUCCAAGGCUGAGUUAACCAAUCUCAUACCAAAAGUCCCCAUUUCCCUUUUGGUACCAAGAGGCCGGAUUUUUGGUGGGGCAUCACAAAACAAAAAGUUUUCUUUGGCCUUCCAAAAUGGCCAAAGAGGAGAGGGAAUUCCGAAUCGACAGAAAGGGAAGACUAGGUAGGGGAGAGGAUUGGCAUGAGAAGAAUUGCUAAGGCCCAAGACUGUCCUUCCACCAGCUCUCAGCAUCGAUUAGAUAGAGCCAUCCACAACACCGAUCUGAUCGAUUUCGUCACCCAGCUCGGAAAAACCAAAGCUUGCCUUCCAUUUGCAACCACUCUUCGGCCUUCCCGAUGAUUUUCCAGCUGAGCUGGGCUUUUUUUCCCACGUUCAUGAAGUGAAAUGGGCUAAGAACAAACGGAUCUAGAUGGGCUGCAGACGAUUCUGGGUUGAAAGGAUACUGGUUCGUUUCGGAGGGUGGGGUGGUCUUAUUCAGAAACAAGAGUUACAGACUCUGAGAAUUCCAAACAACUUGAUUGCCAGCAUUUCCGUUUCAGUGGGUGAAUUUUUUGAUUUUUCUCCCCCUUCAGAAAUAGCUAUGUCACCAGUAAGGCUUUGGGAAUCUACAGUGUUCACAGUUAAAGCAUUUUUAAUCUGCAAAUCAGGUGACUUAUGUGUGUCGUAUAUACGGCUGGCCACCAAUUGGAGUCAAACUCAAGGAACUUUGAAACAAACACAAACAGAUCAGUUUUCUUUAAGAUGUAUCUUUUCCCACUCCUACAAAUGUGAUUUUUUUUCCCUUUUUUUCGUUUCGAUCUCUGGGUCAUGGGGACUAGAGGGAAUUUACCAGUGAUCUGUCUAAAUGUCAACUGUGCAGGGGGGAAGAGGGUGAAGUAAAAUCACUUGGUUUCUUCCCUGUGUGCACUAAUAAAGAUGAAUUGGCAAUUCCCCCAUUUUAUUUAUAUUAAAAAAAACAUUUACUUAGGUGGAGAGAGUGUGGCUCUUCGUAUUACAGAUGCCUGUGUGUGUGAGUGGUUUUCUUAUAAAAUUUUAGGUAUGUCCCCUGUGAUUCUGCGUACUUCCCCUUCGGUGUUUAGAACUACCUACGGCAGAUAGUGUCUUUCACCUGUCAUGUGGUUUCAUUGAAAAACUAGCAUUUCCUGGUAAACAAAGCUCCGGCUAUAUCUAGAGAUGGUUGUGUAGACCAUCCUUUUACCGGUAACAAUAUCAACGGGGGGAGAAAUGGUUUCUAAAACUUCAUGAGGAAGCAGUAUUUCAGGGCAAAGUGAAACUUGGGACCCAAAUGUCGCAGGCUCAUACACACCUUUAAAAAGUAAUAUCAGAAAUCCACCCCUCACUAUGUUGGAUCAUUUACAUGGUCCAAAUUUGCUCAAGUCUGCAUUGAUGGUCCAAAUUCUUGGUAAGAGAUGGAUCCUUAAUCCUUUUGUACAGAGAACAUCCCUCUUUGUAAUGACACUUUUUUAUUGGUAACAUUUUAAAUUAAAGUUUGCAAGUUGAAGAUG